GCGCUGCAACACAGCGGAAAGUACGAUGAAUCAGAGACGGUAAAUCGGCGCGCACUAGAGGGGUGCAAGAAGAUUCUUGGACCAAACCACCCAAACACCCUAUCAAGUGUCAGCAAUCAGGCCAUUGUGCUGGAAUACCAAGGAAAGUACAAAGAAUCAGAGACGAUGAAGCGGCAGGCCCUGGAGGGGUAUGAGAAGAUUCUUGGACCAGACCACCCGCACACCCUAGCCAGCUCCAACAACCUGGCUCUUGUGCUGCGAUCUCAAGGAAAGUACGAUGAAUCAGAGGCGAUAAAUCGGCGUGCACUGGAGGGGCGCGAGAAGGUUCUUGGACCAGACCACCCAAGCACCCUAUCGAGUGUCAACAACCUGGCUAUUGUUCUAGAAUCCCAAGGAAAAUAC